GAUCACAUGACCGUGGAUAUGGACGCAGUCCUGUCCGACUUUGUCCGUUCCACUGGAGCUGAACCAGGAUUGGCCAGAGACCUGCUAGAGGGCAAGAACUGGGAUUUCACCGCUGCCCUCAGUGACUUUGAGCAGCUACGACAGGUGCAUGCUGGGAACCUGACGUAUUCGUUGGCAGAGAACAGGACGUAUCCGCCGCUCGAAAAGGAGAUGGCCAGGGUGGGGCGGCCUUUACUCCACCGCCAAGAUGAGGUGGUGCAAGCUGCUACAGAAAAGCGCCUGUCGAGGGGCAUUUCCCACGCCAGCUCCACCAUCGUGUCGCUGGCGCGCUCUCACGUCUCGAGCACUGGAGGGAGCAGCACUGAGCCCCUCCUGGACACGCCCCUCUGCACUUUCCAACUACCAGACCUCACCGUGUACCGGGACGAGUUCCGUGGCUUCAUCGAGAGGGAUCUGAUCGAGCAGUCCAUGAUGGUGGCCUUGGAGCAUGCUGGGCGACUGAACUGGUGGACUAAAGUGGUUUCUAACUGUCAGAAUCUGCUGCCUCUGGCAACAAGUGGAGACGGAAAUUGCCUGUUACACGCCGCCUCGCUCGGUAUGUGGGGUUUUCACGACCGGGACCUGAUGCUACGGAAGUCCCUCUACGCGCUGAUGGACCACGGGUUGGAGCGAGAGGCACUGAAGCGCAGGUGGAGGUGGCAGCAGACCCAGCAGAACAAAGAGUCCGGUCUGGUGUACACGGAGGAGGAGUGGCAGAAAGAGUGGAAUGAACUGUUGAAGCUUGCCUCCAGUGAGCCCAGAAUACACUACAGCACCAACGGCACCAACGGGGCGGAGUCCUCAGACGAACCGGUGUACGAGAGUUUAGAGGAGUUCCACGUCUUUGUCUUGGCCCACGUCCUCAGGAGACCCAUAGUGGUGGUGGCCGACACCAUGCUGAGGGACUCGGGAGGAGAGGCCUUUGCUCCCAUCCCGUUCGGAGGCAUCUACCUACCGCUGGAGGUGCCAGCUGCCAAGUGCCACCGCUCGCCCCUCGUCCUGGCAUACGACCAGGCGCACUUCUCUGCCCUGGUCUCCAUGGAGCAGAGGGACAGUUCCAAAGACCAAGCAGUUGUGAUCCCUCUAACCGACUCGGAGCACAAAAUGUUGCCUCUGCACUUCGCUGUGGACCCUGGGAAAGACUGGGAGUGGGGCAAGGAUGACACAGACAACGUGAUGCUGGCAAGCGUGGCUCUUUCUUUGGAGGCCAAGCUCCAGAUGUUACACAGCUACAUGACGGUCACCUGGCUGCCCCUGCCCUGUGAGCAAGCACCUCUGGCCCAACCAGAGUCUCCCACAGCGUCAGCAGGAGAGGAUGCCCGGACGCCUCCUGACUCAGGAGAGUCGGAUAAGGAGUCCGUCAGCAGCAGCUCCAAUGGCAACGGAGACACAACAACAGCAUCCACGGUCAACGGAGGUGGGUCCUUGGCCAAGAACAGCUCCUCCUCCUCAUCUAGUUCCUCCAGCAGUGGGUCGGCCGGGGCGGGGACAGGAACAGUGGGGAAGGACAAAACCAAGAAGGACAAGGACAAGGAUAAAGACAAAAAGAGGGCGGACUCUGUGGCCAAUAAGCUCGGCAGUUUUGGCAAAAGCCUGGGCAGCAAGCUGAAGAAGAACGUGGGCGGGCUGAUGACGGGAAAGAACGCCGGAGCUGGAGGUGCCAAGCAGGACGGUGUGGAGAAGAAGAAGGGCUCGUUUAGGGGGAGGAAGGGCAGCAAGGAUAGCUCGCCCUCAGCCCACGCCUCAGAGGAUUCUGGGAAAGGCUCCCCCUCCUCAGGUAGCGAGCGCCUCAACGGAACGGGGAGCAGCAUGAGCAGCAGCGGCGGGAGCAGCACCGAGAGCGAGAACUACAAGUACAGCGCCGACGUCAAGGUCAGCCUGGGCAUCCUGCGAGCCGCCAUGCAAGGGGAGAGGAAGUUAAUCUUCGCCAGCCUUCUCACCACCAGCAACCGGCAGCCCUUCCAGGAGGAGAUGAUCCAGCGGUACCUGGCCGACGCAGAGGAGCGCUUUCGUGCCGAGCAGGAACAGCAGCGGCGCGACGCGGAGAGGAAGGGCGUCACCAACGGCAUCCAGCCGCCUAAGAAGGAGACGGUAGCCGGAACGGACCUGAGCUACCGGCCUUAUGAGGCCAAAGAGGAGCUGACGGAGGACGCGCCGCCUUCCUUCAACCAGCUCAAGCCCUCUCCUCUGAGCCCCUCCAUGUACUCUGGAGUCGUGCCCAUCCCCCGGCCCUCCUUCAUCGACCAGACUCCUGUCGCAACCCCCCUCACCCAGCACCUUCACAUGCACGGCUACAUGGACACCCGGCGCCAGCUAGCCGGCGGUUCCCCGGCAACCUCCUACCCGGGCCUCCCCUCUUACGCCACCCUUCCCCGGCACUGCCCCGCAACGCAGGCUCCCUCCCAUCCCCAGUACAAUAACUCACAAGGCCCCGCCUCCCUGAGCCCCUCUCGCCUGGCGCCCUCGUACCCCCCCGAGUUCGACCCCCCAGACUACCCUGGGGCUGAACCUGCGGGAGGGAGUUACACCAACGGCUUCCGGGACAUGCGCUCCAACUUAGACUCUCGGAGCGGGCAACCCCCGGUCAGACACUACUCGCUGGGCAGCGCCGGCGGUCUGCAGUCCAGCCGCUGUCGGACACCCAACUGCACCUACUACGGACACCCCGAGACGGGCAACUACUGCUCCUACUGCUACCGGGAAGAGCUGAAGAAGAGGGAGCCAGAACUAGCCAUCCAUAGGUUCUGAAUGAACCUUGCUAUGGCUUGAAUUUGAUUGAGUGGCCUUUUUCAGUUUAAAAAA